UAUCUAGUAGAAAUUAAGUAAAUGCUGUGAAUUCUGGUUCUGGAGAACAAAUUAUUUGUAUGUUAUUCAUAAGUGUUGGGACUGUGUACCUGGUCGUAUUGUCACACAGCAUUUGUAAUUCAGCCUGGACAUUCCAUAUUGUUCUGUUACCAUUGUAACAUGGACCAGUGGAUACCACACCAGUCUUUUCCCUUUGUCUAUGACCUGCAGGUGGAAAAACAAAACUAGAAGUUUUUCUAUGUAUUCUUGCUUCAAAGUAUGACAUCAGUGUUGUUCUCUAACACAACUGCCAACAUAUCAGUCCCCGGUGGUUAUGCAGCUCCGUUUAUUUAAAUGAUAAUACUUUGAUUGUGAAGAGGAGUAUAAAAAGCUCGGGGAAACAGAAUCGCUUUACCAGACAUCAUGGGAAAGAUCAUCUUUUACGAGGACAGGAAUUUCAAAGGCCGUAGUUAUGAGUGUAGCAGUGACUGCACAGAUCUGCACUCCUAUUUCAGCCACUGCAACUCCAUCAAAGUGGAAAAUGGUUGCUUCAUGAUCUAUGAAAGGCCAAAUUACAUAGGUCAACAGUAUUUCAUGAAAAAAGGUGUCUAUCCUGACUACCAGAGUUGGAUGGGUACCAGCAGCAGUAUCAGAUCCUGUCGCAUAAUUCCACCGUACAGGGGCUUAUACAGACUAAGACUCUAUGAAAAACCUGACUUCAUUGGUCACAUGAUGGAGUUCAUGGAUGAUUGUUCCUGUGUGUCGGAUCGCUUCCAUCACCGGCAUGUUUACUCCUGUAAAGUGAUGAAUGGCUACUGGAUCUUCUAUGAGUAUCCCAAUUACAGAGGCAGACAGUACUUCCUGAAACCUGGAGAUUACAGAAGAUAUCGUGAUUGGUGCGCUACUUGUUCCAUUGUAGGUUCUUUCAGACGCAUCACUGAUUUUUAA